UGCAUCUUUUGUCAUACUUGUCGUUGGUGUUUUAUUAUCCUUUUAUUGUAAACAAACCUUUUUAUCCUCAACCUCCAUCAAUUCAUUCAGUUGCUUUUACCCAGCUGUAAUAUUCUUUCGCCGCACAGUCAAAGCCCAGAGCAUCAUUGCAUCAUUGUCCUUGCAGCUUUCAUCAGGUAGCUAUGGCAGCAAACAGAGACUUGCCUGAUAUAACGGUUGCAGUUGACUAUGGCACCACAUUCACUGUUCCAUCUGUUCUCUCCAAGAAACUUUUUAAACAGCCUAACGGUCAGGGCGUACGCAAGUGGGGUUUCCAAUGCGAGGACUCUGCCGAGACUGCGGAAGAGGAUAUGAGUGAGAACGACAAAUGGAGAUACCUCAAAAUUUGCCUCGACUCCGACUACCACAAGGAGACCAUUGGGCAAAAUUUCUCAUGGGCUCCUGCAACUAUGAAGGAAGUUCACCUCCUCGUUUGCGACUACUUGAGCCAUGUUUAUUGUCACGUGAAGAAAAGUAUCUCUGACACGCUCCGCUUGGACAAUGCAAAGGACUGUGAUAAUCUCUCAGUUGAGUUCGUCUUCAGCGUGCCAACAAUAUGGGAAGGGGUUGGAGGACAAGAGAUUUUGGAUGACUUUCUAAAGAUCGUCAAAGAUGCUGGGUUUGGGUCGGCUCAAAGGCAUAGGGUAAUGUUGGGUUUGACGGAAGCCGAGGCAGCCGCAGUGGCAACACUCGGCAACACUGGUUCGCCGCUGCUGCAUUUCAAAAACGGGGACACUCUUCUAUCCAUUGACGCUGGGGGCGGCACCACUGACCUUGCGCUUGUCAGGGCUACUAAAACGAAACCACCGGUCAUGAAACAGAUCCAAUCUGUGACAGGAAUUGUUGUCGGCUCCAGGUUGAUUGACUUGGAGUUUCAGCGGUUAAUUGAUAUUCGGCUCAAGGCUCAUCCAGAAGAACAGUCGAAGCUUCCGCUCAACAAGCUUUUGUCACUAUCGCAGAGUUGCCAAUAUCGAACGGUGAAGCACAGGUUUGGAGAGCCAGUUUAUGACAGAAAUUACAAGAUUGAGGUUCCCGGCUUAAACCCAAACAUUCGCCGUGAGGGUCUAAACAUAGAGGGUGGCGCUAUGAACAAUACAUCAUCCUUUCAGGGGGCUAAUGUAGCUCCACCUACGUUUUUAACAAAGUCAAAGAGCACAUCGACCGUUCGACUACAAGGGCUUUGCGCAAAGGAGAAACCCAACUCCCAAGGAUUGACGAUCCACAGCUUGUUGUUGUCCGGGGUUUAUUGCUUGAGCAAGCACAAGGAAUUCUUCGAAAACGCAUUGCACGAGCUAGCUAUGCACUUCGGUGAGGUCAAGCGUACCGAUGAGUUAGACCGCAAGGACUAUGUUCUUGAUCAGAUUCGUUGGAUACUCAAGAGAGAUACCAUCAUCGACCACGGAAAACAAUUCGAGGUUGAAGUUGAACGACGUGAAGACCUGGAUCACCCUCUCCAGUGGAAAGACAUCAUCGUGGUUUCGCGAAUUGAAGCUCGCUGGCUGCCCCCGAGCAUGCCAACCUCGAUGGCCGAAGCGUUGUAUGAGAUAGAGGUUGACCUGAACCAAGUUCGAGGGUCAAUCCUCAAGAAAACGCGGUCCUGGCCUCUUCCAAUAACGAAAUACUACGUGUGCCAGUACAAGAUUCGGUUGUCAGUCGAGCCUUCAGGGAACAUGCAAUUUCAAGUUGAAUACCAAGGCAAUAUCAUUCCUGGGAAUCAUACGCUUCUUCGAAGUAAAAUAGAGGUUUGUCACGGCUAUACUCUCCGCCCUGUCCUCGCUCUGCUAACAAUUCCGAAUGGGUCGUAGAAUCAGAAGCAAACCAAUGAAAGACGCACUAACAGCGAGACUCGGUGUGAUGAUGCCUGUCAUGGGAUGAUAUCCG